AUUAUCAAUUUCAAUCGAUAAUUUAAAUAUUGUUAUAAUUAGUAGUUAGUAACUAUUGUGCACAUAUUUGUAUGUAUGUUAAUAUAUAUAUAUAUAUUAACAUAUUUAACAAUUAUAUAUAUAUAUAUAUAUAUAUAAUUCUUAAAAAUUUUUACUUUAAAAAGAAAAAUACAACUUAUAAUAUUAACAAGUAUAUAUUAUCAAAAUAAAGUUUAUUCUAAUUAUCUAUUUUAUAUAUACGAGAAAUAUUAUAAUUUUUUUAAGUAUGAAAGCAAUAACUACAAAUUAAAAAGAAAAUAAAUAAUAAACAAAUUUAUCGUAACUCUUCUUUAUCGAUAACACAAAGAUUCGAUAAGAACUGCGCAUACUAGGUACUGCAUUUUCUUGAAUAGAGCGCAGCAGUGAUUUCCAGGGAUCAGUGCGUCGUCGUAGUCGAGGGGUGAAAAGGGAUUAUGUAUCGUGGGUUAGUUCGUUCUUCGUACCUGCCAAUUCGUAUUUCGUGUUUCGUUGCGCGUGAGACUCGUGCGAUCCUCGAGCGAGGCACAUCGUAAUGGCCGCGACCUGACUCGGGUGAUGUGCAUGCGAGCUACCGUGUUCGCGUUACGUGAAGCAGACGAGCGGAAAAAGAGGUAGGGUAAGCAAAUACGAAAAACGAAAAGAUACGACGAAGUUUAAGAGUUACGCGAUUUCUGUGCGUAUCGUGAGUGCUUGUGGGUGGGCGAGGCGUGAGCUCACAAUAAGAGUCUCGAGGACGACGAACCAUGAGCGAAGAUCGAAGCGAAGAAGAUCCUUUAAUGGAUCUUUGGUAUAGCAAUUGGGAACAACAGUGCGUUGAAGCAUUGGAAACAGAACAAGAUUAUGAAACGCAACUGCACAACGAAAAGGAACUUUAUUCCCAGCAGAUGUGGACGAGUUUUCAGACGACUGCGUCGGCCAUCGCCCAGCUGUAUAAAGAUCGUACGCAGGGUGUCUCUCUAUGGGUACCUUUCCAGACUGCUGCAGGUACCGUCACAUCGUUGUACAAAGAUUCUAUGGAUAGCAUGCGUCGAUGCAGUGAAUUAGGUAUAGAAAUGGGCCGACAAAAGCGUAGUAAAGAAAUUAUGAAUUGGGCUAGGAAGAAAAGGCGUAUGAUUCGUAGAGAAGAUUUGUUAGCAUAUCUAGCUGGAAAACCACCUCCACCUCGACCACAUUCGCAUAGAAGUUCACCUAAACCAAGGAUGAUGGUUUGUAGUUCGCCUUCUACAGAAAGUUCAACACCAAAUAUGGUUGUUGCACCAACACCAAUACCUGGAAAUGAUCCUGAUCCUGAAUUACAUACAUUUAGAGAAGCAAUUGCAUUGUCUGGCUCACCAAUAUCUCGGCGUACUGGAAGACAAGCCGAAUUGUCGGCUUUUAUUAGUAGCGAAUUCGCUCGACAUCAUAAACGGCCUGCUUCGCAUGACGUGGAUAUGGGAUCUCCCACGCACAAACGUUCACGUUUCAUGUAACGGCGCGCGAUGUGUAAAGUAGCCUCACUCCCUUGUUCCCCAUUAAUUAAUCAAUUGAUAAAUUAAUUAUUAACGGUUCAACUCCCCUACAUAGUUCCCGGUUAAACAUAAUCACUUCAAGAAAAUGGCAAUGACUUGCAUUGUCAUAUAAAACACGUUCGUAUAUUUCGAGUAAUUUAUAUUAUCUGUCACGUUUCAUUAUUAUUAUUUAUUAAGCUUUAUAGUUUUGGUUUUUAUAUCAAUAAUCAGGGUAAUUAAUUUUAUUUAAUAAAUAAUUAAUUUAAUUAAAUAAUAUAUCAUUUAAAAUAAUUAUAAUCAUUUAAAUUACUGUAUAUUAUUUGGGGAAAUUUUAGUUUGUUAAAGUUUAAAGUUAUGAUGCAAAAAUUUAUUAUUAUACAUAUUAGAAAAAAUCUAUUUUGAAAUUAUUUAUUUAUUUAUAUAAGCUGUGAGAUAAUACAAACGUGUUAUAACAAUACCAUUCAAAGUGCCCAUGCAGAGUGAAUGUCAUUGUUUUAUAAGCAUAAAAUCUGUAUAUGUGAUUAUUAGUUUAUCGAUCUAUAAACCAAGAGUAUGAACCUUGCCAAAUGUAUUAUGAGAUGUUAAAAGCUGUAACUAACAUGCUUUACACAAUUGAUGUGUAUGUUAAAAAUUAGCAGCUAAUAUUUCGUGAUACUUUUUUCAGUCACUUCAUAGUGUACUGUAAUUUUUUUAAAUGGGAUGUUCUAAAAGUGAGAAAUGAAUUGAAGAUUUAAUGUUUUAUAAAUAUAUUACUAUCUACGAUUGUAAUUUUGCGAGAUAAAAGGGAACGGGGAGAGGAUGAUUAUAAAAUGUUUUUUCAUAAUCCAAAGGAUCGCUUUUUCUGAUUAUAAUAUUGUUAUAAUUAUUAAAUGAUCGUAGAUAAUUCACAUUUGGACGCUUUUAUCAAUAAAAAAAAAUCAUUUCAUAUGGCUUUCGUUGGCAAUAAAAAAGAAAUAAUAAUAGAAAAAAUAAGAACAUAAGUGAAAGUACUAAAAAAAAAAAUGAAAUAUUGACAAAUUGAUUUUUGUAAUUCUGUAAUUUUUAUUUACUAUUUAUGAACAAGGGAUCUACAUUUUCUGUUAUAUGAUAGAAUAAUCAUACUCUAUAUGUAGAAUAAUCAUAAAAUUGUCUUUUCGAUAAUAUAUUUAAUUGUUUUUACAA